AUGCCCUCCCCGUACCCACACCGAGCCCUGACGGUGCUGCUGCUCUUCGGGACCUUGUCCGCUGCCAUGGCCCUGCUCUCCUCCAGCCUCAUCUUCCAGCUGCCGUCGGGCCGGGCCGUUCGCGGUGCCGGUACCGGAGCCGGUACCGGUCGCGGGGCGCUCCCGGAGCCGGUGGCCGCCGCUCUGGUGCCGGUAUCGGCCGUGCUGGCCGCGCUCUGCCUGGUGCUCAACGUGAGCUGCCUCCUGCUCUGCCUCCUCCACGGCUACUGCAGCACCGAGCUGUGCCGGGGACAGCCCGGGCCCGAGCGGGCACUCUGGUUCCUCCUGGACAGUCGCAGUGUCCGGCACGCGGCCAUCGGCAUCUUCUGCUGCGGCCUCUGCCUCUACCUCACAGCUCUGGCCCUUUUCAUGCUGCUGCUGUUCGAGCUGGAGGCUGGAAUCGCCAGCGCCUGCAUCCUGACCUCGGGAAUUCUCGUCCUGCUCCUCUCCGUGCUCCACGCGCUGCUCCGCGCUUCCCAAAUUUCCCAAAAUUCCCAAAAUUCCCGCUCGGAGCCUUCCCAAGCCCUGUACGAGAACGACUCGGCGCAGCCCGGGGGCGGCAGCGAUAAAUCCGCGGCUCCUCCCGGGCCCGAAAUCCGCCGGGAAUUCUCCUUCCCCACUUUCCUGGAGCGCCAAUCCCAGCCGGGCCCGGAAUUCCAGCGGGAAUGUCGCGAUUUAUCGCGCACGCACCGGACGCUGGGGGAGGAUCCGGGGCAGGGAAAUCCCUGGAAUGUCACCGGGAGGGAAAUGAGGAACGGGACGGCCCGGAAAGGAACCGGCAGGGAUUCCACGCUGGUGUGA